AUGAGCGCGGUGGGGGGCCUGGCGUGGCGCGCGCUGCACGCCCUGCUGCGCGCGUUGCUCUGUCUGCAGCGCGCGCUGCUGGCCGCGCCCCGCGCCUGGCUCCGGCGCCGCGCCGCUGCAUCCUGCGCCUUGCUGGGCCCCGCCGCCCGCGCCCUCGCCUUCCCCGGCGCGGCCCGCGGGGGCCGGCGGCCCGCUAGGAGGCGGCCCGGGGUUCGAGCCAGGGGCCGCGCGGACGGGCGGGUCCGCCAGAAGCUGCCGCUGCACGUGGCGCUGGUGGUGACCGAGGAGGAGCUGAGCUACGCGGACAUGGCCAGCCUGGUGGUGUGGUGCAUGGCGGUGGGCAUCUCCUACGUCAGCGUCUACGACCACAAUGGUAUUUUCAAGAGGAAUAAUUCAAGACUGAUGGACGAAAUUUUAAAACAGGAGCAAGAACUCUUAGGAUUAGACUGCUCCAAAUAUACAGUGGAAUUUGCUAAUCAAGACAAAGCUGAUCAAGUUUUAAAUUGCCAAUCUACAUUGAAGGUGCUGUCUCCAGAAGAUGGAAAAGCAGACAUAGUAAAAGCUGCUGAGAACUUUUGUCAGUUGGUAGCACAACAGCAAAGAACAUAUACAGACCUGGAUGUGAAUGUGUUAGACAACUUGUUAAGUAGUACAAGUGGAUUUCCAGAUCCUGAUUUAGUCUUGAAGUUUGGUCCUGUGGACAGCACAUUAGGGUUCCUUCCCUGGCACAUCAGACUAACAGAGAUCAUUUCUUUGCCUUCCCACCAGAACAUCAGCUAUGAAGACUUUUUCUCUGCCCUCCAUCGCUAUGCAGCUUGUGAGCAACGGUGGGGAAAGUGACUUUGGGCUGAGCACACUGAGUUGUGCUUUCCAUGGAAAGGAAUUUGUCUGUUUACAACCACCUGUGACCCAUAAGUCUGGUUCAUAGUCCUUUCUUAAUUUAUCAACAAAUUCAAUAAAGUGUCUUACCUUUCUAAAGA